UUGUAUCAACAUCAAAUCGUUACUUCGCUUUACGGCACAAAAGGGUGAGAGCUAUUUGUGUUAUAAAUAUCAACUUAAGGUCACAAAUUCCAAACAACCCUAAAGAGACAACUGCAUGUCACAAAAAUCCAACACACAUAGAACAGAAGAAACCAUGAAGAAACCUUCUCUCCAUCCAUCACUUAUCUUCUUCUUCUUAGCCACCCUCCUCCCCUUGUUCCUGACCGUCCACUCCCAACCCUCUUCACCAUCAUCAGACGACUCAGAUUUCAUCCGUACGAGCUGCAACACCACGUUAUACCCUGACCUCUGCUUCUCCUCUCUCUCAAACUUCUCAAACUCCAUCCACAACGACCCCACUCUCUUGGCUCGAGCCGCAAUCUCCAUCACUCUCUCCAAGGCUCUCAAGUUAGGCACAUACCUCUCCAACGUCACAACUCUCCUCAAGAGCCAGGAGGACAAUGUUCCCCACCCAACCGCAGCCGCCGUUUUUCACGACUGCUUCGAGAAUCUCAAAGACGCUGUCGAUGAAAUGAGAGGCUCCAUGAAACAGAUGAGGGAUUUGGUCUCCACUGGCUCGCUUGAGUCGUUCAGGUUCCAGAUGAGUAACGUGCAGACUUGGCUUAGUGCGGCUUUAACCGAUGAGGAGACUUGUACAGAUGGGUUUAAAGACGUUCAAGACGAGCCGAGGAAAGAUGAGGUGUGCGCUCGGGUCGAUGACGUCAAGAAGUUGACUAGUAAUGCGUUGGCUCUAGUUAACCGAUGCGUUGAUAAGGCGAUACAUUGA